AUGAGAUUCUCUGCUGCAGUCCUUGUUGCCCUCUUGAGUUUGUCGUCAUCUUCCGACACAGCUCAUGCCAAGAAGUUCCAAUUUCCUCUCCAUGCUGUACUUCCGUCGAGACGUCUUGCUCGAGCCAGAAACGUGGGUGGAGUUCCAAGUGCAAUUCACAAGGAUGAUUCUCAGUCCUCGCUUCGCAGAGCCGCACUCCCUCUCUGGGAAACGGAAGAACAACUCGUGCAGUCCCGCCCCCUCUGGGCCACUGACGAAGAAGCCAAGAAACCUUGUUCCGGCAAGGAGGACGUCGACUUGGGUAUCCUGGCAUGUGGUGAUGGAUUUAGUUGCAGCUCUGAAGGGAUGAGAUCUAUGGUCUUGAACUGCCCGGGCAUCCCUCUUGUGGAUUUGUGCGAGGAAGGACUUGCCGAGGAAGAACUUUUAGAUAUCUUGCUAGAGCUCGAUGAAUGCGUGGAUGGCGGGACUAAUGUCGCUGAUUUGACGAACCAGCCCGACGAGACAGAGGCUCCUACAAUGGGAGGGACACCCAUGGGAACAUCUGGAGCAACAGUUGUAGAUACUAUGGUGCAGACAGGAGUGGAACCCGAAGUUGGUGAAGAAGAUGAAGGCGAAGAUUCUACAGCAGUGGAAGCUGCAGAGGCCGAGGUGGCAACGCCUUGA